UCAUUUUUUUAAAUGCCAAACCAUUGGUGUCGCCUUGGAGUCAAAAUGGCGCGUACUGACCAGAGCAUAUAGUAUAAAUAUACAGGCGGUAUAUAAGAGAAGAGAGGAAGGGGAAAAUAAAUAAAUAAAUAAAUGAAAAAUUGAGAUAUUGGUGUGUGUCGGUUAUUAUAGCAGUUAAGGAAUCGUAUGAGCUUGAUUCGCCAUCGGUGUUCCAGUGCGUUGACGAGAAUGGCCGAGGAGAUCGGAAAGUCCGCCGAGCUUAAUUCAUUGUCAUCAUCGAAAUCGAGGUCGCUUUGGCCCUCUGUACUUCGUUGGAUCCCCACUUCCACGGAUCAUAUCAUCGCUGCCGAGAAGCGUCUUCUAUCUCUAGUCAAGACUCCUUAUGUUCAAGAACAGGUUAAUAUAGGAUCUGGCCCACCAGGUUCUAAAGUCAGGUGGUUUCGAUCUAAAAGCAGUGAGCCGAGGUUUAUCAACACGGUUACAUUUGACAGUAAAGAUGAUUCCCCAACUCUUGUAAUGGUCCAUGGGUAUGGUGCUUCUCAGGGCUUCUUCUUCAGGAAUUUUGAUGCUCUUGCCAGCCGCUUCAGGGUUAUUGCUAUUGAUCAACUUGGUUGGGGUGGAUCAAGCAGGCCUGACUUUACAUGCAAAAGCACUGAAGAAACCGAGGCAUGGUUCACUGAUUCCUUUGAAGAAUGGCGAAAAGUCAAGAACCUUAGUAACUUUAUAUUGCUUGGACAUUCAUUUGGAGGGUAUGUUGCAGCCAAGUAUGCUCUUAAGCAUCCGGAGCAUGUUAAGCACUUGAUUUUGGUUGGUCCUGCUGGCUUUUCAUCUGAAUCAGAUGCCAAGUCUGAGUGGCUUACCCGGUUCAGAGCAACAUGGAAAGGAGCAAUUCUGAACCAUUUGUGGGAGUCUAAUUUUACUCCUCAGAAGCUUGUCAGGGGUUUAGGUCCUUGGGGUCCUGAUCUUGUUAAAAAGUACACCACUGCUAGAUUUAAUUCUCAUUCAGAUGGGUUGCUGACCGAAGAUGAGUCCAGGCUGCUAACAGAUUAUACGUAUCAUACUUUAGCGGCAAAAGGUAGUGGAGAGUUGUGCUUAAAAUAUAUAUUUUCUUUUGGAGCCUUUGCACGGAUGCCCCUUUUACACAGUGCAUCAGAGUGGAAAGUGCCAACCAGUUUUAUAUAUGGCUAUCAUGACUGGAUGAACUAUCAAGGGGCUCAAGAAGCUCGGAAGCAUAUGAAGGUCCCAUGUGAAAUUAUUAGGGUUCCUCAGGGUGGGCACUUUGUCUUCAUAGACAACCCUAAUGGAUUCCAUGAAGCUGUUUUCUAUGCUUGCCGCAGAUUUCUAUCACCCAAUCCGGAUGAUGAAUUACUUCCAGAAGGUUUGACAUCUGCCUGAAAACAACGUGACAUAUUUUUCCAAUUAUAUAUUUAUUAUCAAGACGAUGCUCAGGAUGUUCCAUUCAUAAAUCAUUCCAUUCUUUUAAGUGUAUCCUUUGGGUAAAAUGCCUGCUGGCAAUGUAUGGUUAUGUACAUUUAAAAUGUAUAUAACAAACAAAAAUAUUGUGGAAGAUAUACUUUACCACCAAUGCGCAUAUAAAAGAAGCUUGCAUAUUAUAUGCUAGAUUCAGUUA